AUAAGUUAUGUUCCAUUAAUCUAACCCAAAAAAUGUUAGGGAAAGGCUACAACACCUAACUUAACCACAAAAAUAAGUUUAAGAUACCCAGCCUGACCCCAAAAAUGAUUAGAUUAGGCUAAGAUGUACAUUAACCUAACCACAAUAAUGGUUAGGUUAGGCUACAGUACCUAACUUAACCUCAAGCAGCUUUGUGUGUGUGUGCCGGUGCCUCUGUGACACCACACUGUUAUGUCAGCAGCCAGUGUUGCAUCCCGUCAGUGAGAGAGAGCAGGGAGGGACAAGAUUCUGGUGCUGGUCACUCAAGGCUUACUCAUUACUGCUAGACAGAACAACACUCACUUUUCCUUUGCCUCAUCUAUGCACUCACUCACUCACACACUGCCACCCUCCACACACACACACACACACACACACACACACACACACACACACACACACACACACACUCAAACUCACAUUCUACCACCCUCUACACACACACAGACACACAUAAAAGGAAGCUGCAGUAAGCCAUCAGAUCGAUAUGUGGCAGUCCCUUUAUAAUGCACUCCUGCCUGUGUCCACCUUUCAUUCUUGUCCAUGUCUUUUUUACUGACUGAUUGUUGAGUCUGUUUCUCCUUACUGGUUAAUUACUAAGCCUGUUUCAAGUUAUGUUAACCUAUUUCAGGUUAUUUAAAGCAUGUUUGGGAAGCAGUUUCUUUUUCCAUAUUGACUGUACACUGUGAGUCAGUUUCUCCUUACUGACUGAUUCCUGAGUUUAUUUCAAGUUUAUUCAAGUGUAUAUCAGGUUAUUUGUAUUUAAGAGCUAUUUUUCUGUUUAAUCUCAUGAAGCUUCGUAUCGACACUUCAUUGAUUACCGAGUCUGUUUCAAGUUACCUCAGUCUACUUUAUUUAGCUGCACUUAUGAGCCAGUUUCUUGUUUAAUUUUCUUGUGAAACUAUAUUAACUCUACACUGUUCAUGUUACCUUAAGCUAUGUUUGAGAACCAGUUUCCUGUCUGAUACUGUAAAACUUGCUAUUGAGUGUAUACUGUUUAUUUUGAGGACCAGUUUCUUGCUUAAUCUUCUUGUCAAGCUCCCAUCCACUGUUUACUUUAUUAUCUAAGUCACAUUUGAGAACCAUUUCCUCUUUAAUGUUGUAAAAGCUUUCCAUUGACAGUGUACUGAUUAUUUCAACUUGUCUAACACAAUACUUAUAUUUCAGAACCAGUUUCUUGCUUUAUCUUGUUGUAAAGCUAUUGACUCUACUGAUUAUUGAGUUUAUUUAAGCUGCAUUUGAUAACCAGUCUGUAUUUUCAGUCAUACACACACACACACACAUCACACCAUACACACACACACACCUCAGUUGAGAAGAUAAUGCACUGUGUGACAUGUCAUUACUUUACCGCUGUUCACAAGUACUGUGCCUUGUUUAUGUCGUGUUGACGCCUGGUUUACCUCCCCUAUGUACUGUACUGGUGUUAGCAGGACGAGGGGGAAACUAGCAGUGAGGAAACGUGGUAUGACACAGAGGUACUUUUCGUGUGUCCACAGCUGUGAGCGAUGGUCUGGGAAAUGGAGAAGUGAGUGAAUGAAACAGGUACCUUGCAUGACGUUUUCACUGCCAUGACAGAAGGUAGUCAAGGAACGCUGAGGAAAUGUAGGUGAUUUGUUUGAUUUUGUUAGAAGUACUCCGAGCAACUUUUCCACAGCGAUGAGAGGAAAUGAUUGAGGAAAUACUGGGGUAAUAAAGUGUUUCAUUUUGUUAGAAGUAUUUUAUGCAGUGUUUCCAGUUAUAAGAGUAAAUGGCCCAGGAAACAUUGGGAGAAAUGUUUAUGAGUUUCCACAAUCAGAGAGAGAGAGAGAGAAUGGGCUAGGAAAAUGGAGGAAUAAAGUGUUUGCUUCAUAUUGUUAGAUGCACUUUAACUAGAUGUGGAAACAAAGAAAUAGUGUUUUAAUUUUACUAGACAAAACACAUUUUCACAACUGCAAGAGAGGGUAGCUUUGUGAAAUCUUGGAAUAGUCGAUUCAUUCUCUUAUGUUAGAUUGUCAAUACCUGACUUUACCCAUGCCAAGUAAAGCUGUGGAUUACCUUGCCAUAAUCACAAGAGAGAUGGGUAAAAAAAAAAAAAAAAAAAAAAAAAAAUGUCAAAAUACAGAAAUUGUUUCAUCGCGUUCCCUCACUGCUAGGUUCCCCGCAGUUAGUGACACUCGUAGGUGAAUGCCAGAUUUUGUUUCACGACUCCUGCAAUGGCGUGUAUGUCCCUGAUUCUGAGCCAGGCAGGGUGGGUGGGUGGUGCAUGGAUGGUGUGUGAGAUCCACUUAGGUAUAUAUAUAAAGGGAAAAAAUAUCUUAUACAAAUCUAUACAAAAAGAUGUUGGGAGAUUCCAAUAUUGCCCUAUUAUGAAAGAAAAAUAUAUAUAUAAAUUUUACUGUUAUCUGUUGUUUUUGUAUUGUUUUAAGUAUAUUUUCCAGAUUACAUCACAGCUUAUCUAUUCAGUAUCUUAUCUUACAGGUUAUCUAUACAUUCUUUCAUCUUGCAACUAUCUUACUGUUUAUCCACAUGUUUUUUCAUCUGUUCAUCUAAACAUCUUAUAGCUUCUCUAUUCUGUCAUCCAUUCAUUAAAACAUCGUAUCUCA